UCGUAUGUGCGUUCUAAAUUAGAUGCCCCAUGUUCGAUAUUCUGCCAUUAAUUAAUUAGCGCGGAGUUCCUGUCCCGGGGCAAGUUGUUUGCCCCUUUCCUUUUUCGCUAAUUUCGAAAUUGGGUCAGCGUGUGCGAUGCCACAUUCGCUGUUCGAGUUAAUAUGGCUGUAUUUUUUGUUUUUUUUUGGCUGCUGCUGCUGCUAACCAGUUUGUUGACCUUGUUUUCGGCUCUCCAAGUGCAAUUGGGGCCUGACUUUUGACAAUAUGUCCGACUUUUCUCUUUUAUGGCUAUUGAGGAUUGGGGAUCGGAAUACGGACGGGGUGGGAAAUUAUGACCGGCGGACAUGCGAUGCAUUUUCCAGCUCUGAUUUGUGUGGACAUUUAUGUUUAUCGCCACCUAGCAACACAAGUAUAAAAUACCCGCUCUCAAUCACAAAAACACUCCUUUCUUGGGGACAUUUCCGUUUUUCCAGUAACAAAGGCGGCGUGUGUGUAUGUGUAUGGGUGUGACUGUGUGCGUGAAAUGGGGGUGCCGUUUUCAUAUCGAUUAAAUUAACUGUUAUUUAUUCCAUCGAGCGUCGCGUUCCAUGUAAACAAGAAACAGCUGUUUAUGGACAUUAGAACCUUAGUGUUGGUAAACGGCCUCCUCUUUAAUCGCACAUUUUUUUUACGGACAAUCAAGAAUAAACAAAUUGCAAAUUUGUGUCUUUGUUUUAAAUUAGAAUCGAAGACGAAACUCAAGAUUUUAACAAUCAGUUGCUUAAACUUAGUAUUCAUAUAAGUGUGUCUCACAAAAACCAGUUACAAGAUAAACUUUAAUAUAGCUUGUUAAUUAGUGAUACACAUGUUUAUCAUAAUAUAAACAUGUUAAAUAGUGAAAAUGUGUCUGGUUUUUGAAAAUUGCAAAUAAAGUGUUAAAGUGACAUGAAUUCCUAUAAAUCAUAUGAGUGAUAGUUGACCCUUUAGACUAAACAUGCCCGACUUCUAUGAACUCUUGAAUGUGCCAUCAACGGCCAGUUUCGAUGAGAUCAAGUGCAGCUACAAACAAUUGAUACUACAAUGUCAUCCCGACAAAUUGCGACAGCUCGAUGACCCAAAUCCGGGAUCGGAGGCCCAGAACAGUGACUUCAAUGCGAUAAACGCGGCGUGGAACACGCUGAAAGAUCCCAUUAGGCGCAAGCACUACGACGCCGAACUGCUGCAGUCGAAAUUCCGGGCGCAUAGCAACAUAUACGCAACCGUUGUGCUGGGUGAAAUGCAGCGGAUCCAAGUGGAAAUCGAAGAAGAUGACGACGAGGCACCGGCACCUACACCUCCACCUCCCUGCCGCGCAUCUGAAUCAGAAUCAGAAUCCGAGGCGAACAAAGGGCCGGCGACAAUGUGGAGCUAUGCGUACGACUGCCGAUGCGGCGGUCAGUAUCUGUUCGAUGGACCCGGAGACGAUGAUGAGUCACCCGAAGUGAUUGUGGAGUGCAACGAGUGCUCUUUAGUGAUUAUUGUGAAACAAGCCGCAAGUUGUAAAUAAAGAAGAAGCGGGGCAAACAAUGGAACUGCUGCCCAGCACAAUGCUUCUGCUUUAAACUAUUCGAUUAAGAGCUCUUUGGAAAUUAA